GGCUUUAAUUACCCCAGGUGUGAUCUGUACAUCAAUCUGCAAUCAAAAUGCAAAAAAAUUAUGAUGCUUCAGAGCUCAAUAAAAAUCCUGAAGAAUACAACGAUCAACACGAGCAGCAACCACAACCAGAUCUCACCACAACGAGCAACGAUGACUCUGCGAGCGGGAGAAGAGAAGAGGAUGAAAUUCAAGGUCUUUCAGCCGCUGGAAACUCCAGUCGAUCUUUAUUUCCUCAUGGACUUCUCCAACUCAAUGAAGGACGAUUUGGACAACCUGAAGAGACUGGGCCUCAGGCUGGCUGAUCUGGUGCGGAACAUGUCGAGUAACUACACCAUCGGCUUUGGGAAGUUUGUUGACAAAGUAACUGUCCCACAGACAGAUAUGAGACCUUCAAG